AUGAAGGAUUUAGGAAUUGAUAGCACUCUUCUACCUGAAAUACCCCAAACAAGAAAGGCCAAAGGGCUCAAAAAGCCCUUUGGCGUCAGCUCGUUUAGUUCAACGCAAGAAAUCAAGAGCUUCAGGAAUCCUUUAAAGAAAUCACAGAAGAGAGUCACAGGGCAUCGAGUUACUUCAUCCCAGUAUAACAUCAAAGAUGAUCAGUUUUAUAACACGAGUCAGCUUGAUAACGGAUUCAGUGGGAUAAGAAAAACGAAUAAACCACAAUAUGUUAAAGAUGGAUCUGAUCAAACUCCUCUCCCAGAGUUAAACAGAAUAGAUCGAAGAUAUCACAGUAAAAAUUCAAAAUUUCUAAAAGAGACAGAGUCAGCCUCCUACAAAAAGCGAGUCUCCUCACGGAAAUCUCGAGAGAACUACCAAACUGAGAAGGAGAAAUAAGUAUCUGCGUGAUAAUAAGAGUGAGAAUCAGCAUCUAGGAUCCACUAGAUCAUCUAAUUAUCCUGAACUGAAUCUUGCCAACGAGAUUGUUCUUAUGAAGAAUUAUAAAGAUAUCAACAAUGAUUACAAUUUUAAUGAUGCCAGCUCUUAUAAUAUCAGCAUGAAGUACAAAUUUGGAAUGAGAAAUACUUUAGCCAAGUCCCCAUGAUCGAUUACUCCCAAAGAACAGUCGAAAUUCCACGUAGUCGACCUGAACAAAAUCAGGCUUGACAUAAAGGGACUUCCUAGCUAUAAGCCAGCAGAUGUCACCCAAAGAGGGCUUUGCGGAAGUCUCCCACCAUCCAUCACAGACAGGACAGCGCAUGCUGAAAAUCGCAUUUCCAAGGAAAGGGAGGCUAUACGAGAAACUCUAGCUCUAAAAGUAGCCAAAAAUUCUCUAAACAUGACUGCUGACAAAUUUGCUAAACCUCAACGGGAGAGGAGCACUGAGAAUCUUGAUUCAAUGCAUGAUAUGAACAUUUCAGGUGAGAAAUAUCAGAUUAAGCCAAAAUAUGACAUUGAAGCAGUCGAUCUUGACAAAGUUGAUCUUGAAACUUUGCUCAAAAAGGAACCUAUUCAGAUCAAGACUCUUCAGAAAUCCAGAAGUAAACUUAAAGAUAUCAAGCUGAAGCCAACAACAAAGAGCGAGUAUAAUGCCGUCCUCGACUUCAAGAAGAAGGAUUCUCGAUACCAGGAGAUUGCCAAGAAAUUCAAGCUGGAAAAGCGUAACCAUAGUAUACCAAAGAAUGAAGUGUCUAGUAAGAAAGUCUCUAACGAGGACCUGCUAACACCAAAGAAGAGUAAAAGAGCUAGGCUGAAGCAGAAGUUGUCGUUUACCUCCACCCCUAAGUAUAAUGAGCUCAAGUUGAUAUCAAAAGAGUUCUCUUUAGUCAAAAAGUUGAAGAAGACAAAUAGUAGCUCAUCAGAUGACCUCAAUCCUAUCACAUUUAAACAAGGGAAGAUGAAAUUUGCGAAGCAGAAGCAGAUGUUGUUCAAGCCACCUUCAAGUACUGCUGAGGAGGACCUCCAGAAUGCAAUCUCACAAGAUAUCACUGUGAAUGAAGCUUUUGAUCUGUACAAUCAAUUUCUGAAUCAAACUUUUAAGCGAAAGACACCCUUAAAGUCAUCAAACAAGGAUCCAGUGAAGCUUUACAUCAGUGAGCUGGCUAGCUGAAUGAAUAUCUACAUGCCAGCUUGCCAGAUAAAUGAUUUGUUGUUCAAGAACAGAGAAUUUUCAGACAAGAUCAAAGAAAGAAUGAGUCGCUUCGUCUGGAGCAUCAUCAAUAAGUCAAAUAAUCUUGAAAUAGUCCCUCAGAAGUUGUCUUCUAACGGAAAUUCUAAUCUUUAUGGCUUCAAAGUUGGCCCAGGAAACAACUCCUUCAUCAUCCGUCGCUUAAUGACAGAGAAAUGGUGGUGGAACGUCUAUGAUAAACAGACUGGAAUCUCCCCUAAUUUCAGAUGGACUCAAUGGAGAAACAACAAGAUUACCAAAUAAAAUCCUUACUACUGAGGAAUUCAACGAGAAAAAGGCUGAAGAGUGAAUUUUUGCUACUGAAAAUCCUGCCAUGAAAAGGGUGAACUCAACAGACAUACAGGUGUACAACAGACUGGAGAACAAUUACCAUUUGUCUAACAAAAAGGCUUUGUUCAUCAAUAUGAAAGCGUACUACACUUCUAUAUCUGGAGACGAACAGCACGUUUUUAAAUACUUACCAGUUACAUUCCACAUAAAAGAUGGCCUCCAGGACACUGAAUUUGGAAAAUUCACAGAUUAUUACAACGAACAAGAGAGGAUUCGGGAAGAGAAUUCAUUAAAAAUCAAGGAACUCAAGGAAGAAGGCAAGUCUUCUGAAGCCAAAUAAAAUUAAAAAGACCAGAAAUGUAUGGAUCAUCAAACCUGGAGAGAACACCAACAGAGGCACUGGAAUCAUGGUCAGUAAAGAGAUGUGUGAAAUUCAAGAGCUGUGUGAUAACAAGUCAAACAAAAGCAACAAGACUUGUAUCAUUCAGAAAUACAUAGAAUAUCCUCUGCUCAUCCAUAAGCGAAAGUUUGACAUCAGGAUGUUCAUGAUGAUAACCUCCAUCAACGGGUGUAUGAAGGGAUACUUCUACAAAGAUGGGUACCUCAGAACUUCCUGCAAGGAAUUUUCCUUGGCCAACCUUUCAAACAGGAUGAUCCACCUGACUAAUGAUGCCAUCCAAAAGAAGGAUGAGGAGUACGGAAAGUAUGAAAAUAGCAACAAAAUUUCAUAUGAAGAUUUCCAGAAAUAUAUUGAUACAUACUAUUCCUCAUCAAACAUAAAUUUCAAAAAGGAUAUUCUUCCUAAGGCCAAAGUGAUAGUCCAGGACACGGUGAAAGCGGUGUUUAACAAGAUUGAUCCCAAAAGGAAGCAAGCAAGCUUUGAAAUCUUUGGGUAUGACUUCAUGCUGGAUGAGGACUUCAACUUAUCUCUCAUAGAAGUCAAUACAAAUCCGUGACUAGACCAGCCUUGUCCUUUAUUAGCCAGAAUGAUACCUCAUAUGUUGCAGAAUGCUCUGUGGAUAGGUGUAGAUCCCCUUUUCCCAUUCCCAGAUCAUGAUGGGACUCCCAAGAAAGGAUUAAUGUCAGAUAUGGCCCUGCAGAAUAAGUUCGAGCUAAUAUUUGAUGAGCUCCAAGACAAAAAAGAACUUGAAAGCUUGAUACAACAACAGAAGUUCACCAACGAGGUCAUAGUCGAGAUCGAUGAAGAAGGAGAAGGAGAACUUGAUGAAAUGUCAGAUGAAGACGAUUAUUAG